AUGGCGGGCGUGGCUACCGCGUUUUCAACUGAUGCGUUGACAUCUGGAGGCCCGGAGAGUUCUUCACAAUGGGAAUUUUCCGUCCCGAUCGGUAGCGAUGGCGCCCAGCAUUCCGCACGACAACGCAACUCCCACGAUUCGAACUCCGCGCGUGCGAGAUCCAUUCGACAGCGCAACUCGAACGGCUCCCGGAGCUCCUCGGUUUCUCGAACCGUUCACGCACACGAUGCGCCCUUUUUGUCCGGCCGAGGUCGACGAGAACAAAGCCAGAAUCGAUACGAAAUCAACAGCCCGCGUGAUGCAGGACAUGAAGCGUCUGUUCGAGCCUCGGUAGACGGUCAGGACGAAUCGUUCGAGUUCAACAGUGAGAGUUGGAUCCAUCGUGAUAAGCUGGCUAAAAUCGAGAGCGAGGAGCUGCACCAAGCGGCCAUAAUAUUUCAACGACGGAUCAGAGCGGAGAGCAAGUCGAGCGCGGGGCGUGAAAGGAGCCAUGAUUCUCAUCAUAGUGGCGCAGCUUCAUUAGCCUCACCGAAUACAGAGCACCAGGAACCGUGGCCCCAACUGCAGGAAUCCCGGAUCGACCGAGCCAACGGCGAGAAUAAGGAGCGGCAGCAUUGGGAUCUCCGCCGACCUGAAGAGAUUGCUGCGGAUGAAGCAGCCGCCGGUUUUUACAACCAACCGGCUCUGCGCAAGAGCUCUUCUCGGAUCCCCAUCGCCGCAGCAAGCCCUGUGCCCAUCAUGGGCCGUGAUUCUCGCGGGCCUCGCAGCCGUGCAGCGACUGAUGAGGAUGACGAAGGUCGCGGACGCAGAGCCAGUGAACCCUUGACGACUGAGAUGGGACCCUCGACUCCCUCUCCAGGAAGCCGACCAGGCAGCCGUGGCUUCAACGGCUUCAAUACCACUCAAAAUACCCCCGCUAAAAAGAAUUCAACCAAGAUGACCGGAUCCAGCAACCGGAAAACCUCGGCGCCCCCAGCCAACAGAAAGACAUCCACGGCGAGAUCGCGGGCAGUGUCGAGCAACACUACGCAGCGACCUACCACGCGAUCUGGCGAAAUCCGGCCUACCACCUCGGCCAACCGACCGGAGGGCGAUCCGCCGUGGUUGGCAACCAUGUACAAGCCGGAUCCUCGACUCCCUCCCGACCAGCAGAUGCUCCCUACUCUUGCCAAGAAGAUGCAGCAGGAACAAUGGGAGAAGGAGGGACGGACCCCGAAUACGUACGACCGCGACUUUGCACCCCUGGCUGUAUACCCGGACGAUAUGCCCUCUGUACCACGAAAGGCCGAGGAGCCUGUGGAAGAACCACUGCAGAUUCAGAUCGAAGAGCCACCCAAGGCCAGGACUCCGGAGCCGCCGCGGCCCAACACAAGCACCGGCUACAGUACGAUGCCCAAGGUGCAGGAUACGCCCCCACUGGGUCUGACACCAAACCCCAACUGGACUCCUCCGGUGGUCACCGCCCAAGAGAAACCGAAAAAGGAAAAGAGUUGUGGAUGCUGUGUUGUGAUGUGA